AUGACGACCAACCAGCUUCUGUUCCUGCUCCUCCUGCUUCUGAUUUGCAUCCCGUAUCCUGGCGCCGCCCUACCGUUCAACCCGGGGAAUAAUAUUGGGAAUCUUUUUGGGAUCUCUGACAAUGAGAAAAUCCUGCACCGCUCCAAACGAGGCUGGAUGUGGAACCAGUUUUUCCUGCUGGAGGAGUACGGCGGGAAUGACCAUCAGUACGUCGGAAAGCUCCACUCAAACAUGGACAAAGGCGACGGGAAUGUGAAGUACGUUCUGACCGGAGACGGAGCCGGGACGCUGUUUCUGAUCGACGAAAAAUCUGGAGACAUCCACGCCACCAAACGUCUGGACCGCGAGGAGAAGGCCAUGUACAUCCUCCACGCCAAAGUCCUGGACCGGACCACCCUCGCCGAGCUCGAGCCGGACACCGAGUUUAACAUCAAAAUCCACGACAUCAACGACAACGCGCCAAGGUUCGCCAAAGACGUGUACUUCGCCAGCGUGCCGGAGAUGUCCGAAGUGGGUACAUCUGUAGUCACCAUCACUGCCACAGAUGCGGACGAUCAGACAUACGGGAACAGUGCCAAGCUGGUCUACAGUAUCCUCCAGGGACAGCCGUAUUUCUCCGUCGACUCGGAAAACGGCACCAUAAAGACGGCGCUCCCCGGGAUGGACCGCGAGGUGAGGGAGCAGUACCAGGUGGUGAUCCAGGCCAAAGACAUGGCGGGGCAGAUGGGGGGUCUGUCCGGGACCACCACCGUCAGCAUCACCCUCACCGACGUCAACGACAGCCCGCCGAGAUUCGCCAACCACUCGUUCCGUGUGACGGCGGCGGAGUCCACGGAUGUGGGCGGGGCCAUCGGGCGGAUCAAAGCCGACGACCGCGACAUCGGGAGAAACGCUCAGAUGGAGUACACCAUCGUGGGCGGCCAUGACACCUUCAACAUCAUCACCGACCAGACCACUCAGGAGGGAGUGGUCAUCAUCAAGAAGAGACUGGACUACGAGACGAAGCGCGAUUACGAGUUCCGCGUGGAGGUGAAGAACACGUACCUGGACAUGCGCUUCAUCCAGGGGGUGGAGUUUAAGGACUACGCCACGGUGAGGGUGACGGUGGAGGACGUGGACGAGCCCCCCGUGUUCAUGAGGAGCCCCUACGUCAUCGAGGUGCACGAGGACACGGCGUCCGGCAGCUCCGUGGGCGUGGUCUCCGCCAGGGACCCCGACGCGGAGAACAAACCUGUCAAAUACUCCAUAGACCGACACACAGACCUGGAGAGACUGUUCAACAUCGACUCGUCAAACGGAACCAUCAUCACGCUGAAGAACCUGGACCGAGAGAUGUCCAAGUGGCACAACAUCUCCGUGGUGGCCACCGAAAUCAAUAAUCCGAGACAGACGACCCGAGUUCCAGUUUUCAUAAAGGUUUUAGACGUGAAUGACAAUGCCCCAGAGUUCGCCAUGUCCUACGAUACGUUUGUGUGCGAGAACGUCAAAGCUGGACAGCUGAUUCAGACCAUCAGCGCGGUGGACACAGACGAGCCUCUGGUUGGACAUAAGUUCGUCUUCAGUAUAAGUCCCACCAACCCGAACUUCACCAUUGACGAUAAAGAAGAUAACACGGCCAACAUCCUGACUCGGAGGGGGGGCUUCAGUCGCCGGGAGAUGAGCGUCUACUUUUUACCCAUCGUCAUCUCGGACAACGACUACCCCAUCCAGAGCAGCACGAGCACGCUGGUGAUCCGAGUGUGCGCGUGCGACAGCCGCGGGAACAUGCAGACCUGCAGCCCCGAGGUCCUGCCCUUCUCCGACGGACUCACCACCGGGGCCCUGGUCGCCAUCCUCCUCUGCGUCUGCAUCCUGCUCAUGAUCGUGGUGCUUUUCGCCGCUCUGAGGAGGCAGAGGAAGAAGGAACCGCUCAUCAUCUCCAAAGAGGACGUGCGCGACAACGUGGUGAGCUACAACGACGAGGGCGGCGGAGAAGAAGACACCCAGGCCUUCGACAUCGGCACGCUGCGCAACCCCGAGGUCAUGGACGCCAACAAACUCCGGCGAGACAUCAUCCCGGAGAUGCUGUUCCCGUUCCGUAGGACCUCGCCCAUUAAGGAUAACACGGACGUGAGGGACUUCAUCAACAGCAGGUUGCAGGAGAACGACUCGGACCCGACGGCGCCCCCUUACGACUCGCUGGCCACGUACGCCUACGAGGGAAGCGGCUCGUUGGCGGAGUCGUUGAGUUCGCUGGAGUCCACGGCGACGGAAGGAGACCAAGAGUACGAUUACCUUAGCAACUGGGGGCCGCACUUCAAGAAGCUGGCGGAAAUGUACAUAGGGAAAACCGCGGAACUUGACACCUAG